AUGCGCAUGAGUAUAUUGGCGUUGCUUGCUGCUAUAGCACUCGUGACGACAAGCGAAGCUACCAUCUCUCCUAAAACGGCCAUACUACCAACAUCCUCCGUCACUGUUGAAAGCCAUACCACAAACAGGUUCUUGAGGGCCGCUACUAUUGCAGAUCAAGACGACGAAGAGAGGGUACUCCCUGCCAUAAAAAAAUUGGCGAGAGCAGAUGCUUUUAAUAAGAAAGCAGAACUUCUGGCGAAACAUCAGACAUGGAUCGCUAAAGGCAUGUCAGUUGAUGAUGCCUUCAACGCCUACAAGCUUCAGAAUAAGGGGAGAGCUAUAUUUGGUAGUGACGAUGUUGUAGACUGGGCGAAGUUCGUGAAAAUCGAGGCCGGCAAAGAGAACGUGGGAGUGAAAGUGCUCGAAAGUUUGCAGAAGCAAUAUAGCGAUGUUGUGUUGGCACGGAUGAUACAGUCAGCAACAACUUCGAGUAACCCGCGCGUGAGCAAACUCGCAACUAAAGUGCAGACGGCGCAGUUUACCAAGUGGAAGAACAACCUGGUUGGUUUGAAAGACGUUAAAAAGAACCUGAAAGCACAAGUGGAUGCAGAGGCGUGGAGUACGGUCAACAGGGAUCUUGUAAAGGCGUAUGAAAUCUUCAGAGCGAGUUAA